AUGGAGCACGUUCUGUCGUUGGUCGGCAGCUACGGCAGCCGACGUUAUGAAGAAGACUUCGUCGAUCGUCUCAAUUUCCAGUACACUUCUCACCUUUUCGCCUUCGCUGCUCUUGUUGGCAUGUACAAGGUCAGUUUGAGUUUUGCAAUUUUCGCCAAAAAAAAGGUUUCUAAAAAUUCAAGAAUAGCAUUUUUUUAUUUUAAAAUGUUACAAUGACGCUUCGCAAUGGGUUUUUUUAACUCAAUCAAAAAUAGUAUAGUAUGUGUGCCACGAUUUGAAAUGUUACGGAACGACAUUCCGCUGUUCCGCUGCGUGCGUUCGCGAAGCGUCUUUCGAAUCUAGGUCAGGCUUUCAAUUUAUUGUUAUUGCUGUGGGAGAAUAUGUAAUUAGAGUACCUUAAUAAAAGAAAAACAAAUAAAUAAAAGCGCGACCUAGGUUUGCAAAGGCGCGCAGCGGCACAGCGGAAUGUCGUUUGGUAAAAUUCCAAGUCGUGGUACACAGGCUAAAUUUUUUAAAAUCUUAGGGGCUUCAGAACCUUUGGGGUCUUGGGGGGCUCGAACUUUAUCGAACCACUUUACCAACCAACCCCUAUAUGAGUCACUAAAGCUUGCAAAAGUGGCCACUGUAGGGGUUUUAGUUAGUGGCGGCUAUAGGAGUGUAUUAGUGGCGCCUAUAGGGGGACACAAUAAUUUUUAUUAACUCUAUGCGAGAAACUAAAGAAAUAAGUUUCAUUUUUUAAAUAAAAUUAAAAGACCCCUAUAAGGACCACUAAAGCUUUAGGGGCCAAAAAUUAGACCUGAAACCCCUAUAUGGACCAUCUUCAUAUUACCCCUAAAGGGAACAUUUUUUCGGCCCUUCUAUGGGACUGUUUUUCUACCAUCGCCCCUAUAGGGAUCAGUCUAAAAUUCUUAACAUGUAGAAAGGACAUUAAAAACGAUUGGAAAAUAAAUUUUCAUAAUUGCAGGUAUACUUUGGUGGCAAUCCUAUCACCUGUUGGGUUCCAGCAGAGUUUACCAAAGGUAUUUUUUUAUUACAAGACUCUUUGAAUCUUUCAGUUUCACUAUAAAAAUUUCUCAUUUUUGAACAUUUUUUCGAGUUUGGGAGAUCAAAAUUGGAAUGGUGCAUAAUGACCGCUAAAAGGGAGAGGCUCAAGAAAAAAGCAGCAAAAAGGAACAUUUGUGACUCUUUCUACGCAGCUUUUUCCACCCUAUCCGCCUUUGCCUUAGGAAGUGGUCGAUUAAACUCUAACAUUUCUUUUUAUUUAUUUUCAAAUCAUAGGUGCCCAGUUUUGUUUUUCUCCAUCCAACAGAUUAAUUUGAGGUUGGACUGAAUAUGCCAGAGACUAUUGUCUGAUCGAAAAUACUUAUUUCGUGCCGAUAGAAGACCCAGACAUGCCCGAGGGGACGAUCCGCGAAGAACAAGAGCUUCCAUACUACCAAGUACCUUUUUUCUCCCUAUAACUUCUACUUUGCAUUUCAGUGGGUCCAAUUCAUACUCGUGUUUCAAGCGUUCUUGUUUUACGCUCCGCACCUGUUCUGGCGAUCUGUGAACUGGUGGUCAGGUGCUCGAGGCUGGACCUCUUUGAUUUUCAAGCGACCACUUAAGGACUCCAAGUACGUGCCGUGAUAACCAGCGCUGCUGGAAUCGAAAAGGACAAGCCAUUGCCGCUGGAAAAGGUGCUCGCCACCCGGAAUGACAGUAUUACCAAAGUCGCCAAGCACAUUGCUUUAUUCGAAUCGAGAAGAAGGUUUUUUUCUUAGGGGCAGUAAAAAACGGGGUUUCAGGUGAAAUCAGUAUCUUGUAUAGUUUUUCUUUGCGAAUCCAAAGGUGUACUUAAAAAAUUACAGAUGUGACAACUUUAGAAGAAAAACGCGAUUUAAUUUUCCGCCUUUAAAUUUUGAAAAAAGCUUUGGAUCGGUGUACGGACAACUGUUUACAGUAGCCCUGCACGCGAUGUUGCGGACGUCUCAUUAGACUCGCAUUUUGUGAUAAAAAACCGGAUAUCUGCUUUAAAUCAAGGGUUUCCACUCUGAAAAAUUGAAAAAUUGAUCAAGAAAACAAAAAACCAUCGAAACCUGUGUAAAAUCAUCAUUUUUCACUAGAAAAGCAUUUUUGCGAUCGAAGUUUGCAAAUUAUACGUGAAAAGAAAGCUUUAGUGACGAAAAGAACUUUGGUGACAACAGAAAAAAUUGACAAUUGAAAGAAACGAAGAAAUAAUGCCGUGUUCAAAGUAAUUUCCGCAAAAUGCGAAAUGGUCUCUGACCCUCCAAAAUUCAGUUAUCUUUCUCUUUCUCUGACGGCUAUUUUGAAUUUCGCGGAAUCACUUUGAACACGGCAUAAGCGUAAUUCCGGAAGAUGGCGAAGCCCGUUGUCUAUAGAGCAACUUUACUGCAAAGCGCCCUUUUCGCGGCAACUCAAACUUUCUUCUCUCCGAUUUUGAAUUAUUUUUUCUUCAAAACUAGGAGCUUCUGUACGUUUCCAAGUUAACCGUUCGAUUCGCAAUGAAAAGCUCUAAAAAGUACUGAUUUUAACGGAAACAAUGUUUUUUACUGCCCCUAUGCCUCUAAGGUUGAACCAAUCAUGUUUAAGGAAAAGUUGGGUUUCACUGAUGUACCUCGCGACCAAAAUUCUCUUCAUUUUGAAUAUUAUCUUUCAAAUAAUGUUGCUUCACCUGUUUCUCGGCUUCAGCUGGAACGACUUUUUCCGUGAGAACCCUUUCCUUCGACAAAUAAUUUGAGGUUUCUCAGGACUUCGGAUCGGAUUCAACUCCGACUGGGCAUCCACAGGGAUCUUCCCGCGCCAGACAAUGUGCGACUUUGAUGUGAGUAUUCUUUGAAGAGUUCUUAUCGAUUUUUCACGCUUCAGAUCCGAACCAAAGGGAACGUGCAGAAGUACAGUGUGCAGUGCGUUUUGGCGAUGAAUAUGGUGAACGAGAAAAUCUUCUUGCUCCUUUUCUACUGGCUCCUCGCCCUUCUUGUUGUGAGCCCUCUGGGAUGUCUUUGGAUAUAUCUUCUCAUGAUAUUGCAGGCUACGGUGGUCAACACUUUCCUGUGGAUGCAAUCCAUGUACUCGUCGCGCGAACGUCGCGAAUUCGCCAGCCGAAUGCUCAAAGCCGCGGGCGAACAUGGAGACACCUUCCUGCAGACGCCAGCUCUUGUGGUGAACGGAAAGAAAGAUGAAAAGAAAAACUGGGCAUCUUCAGAUCAACGACGAAAAGACGCCUCUCUAUGAAACACACUCUCCAGUCGACGACAGAGUAGGCUCUCAACAUUUUUUCUUCAAGCUGAAAUCAGUGUGAAAAUCGAAAAAUCGGUCCUGACACGAUAAAAAAAAGGAGAUAGUGUCUGGUUGACGUAGAGCGCAGACAGGCAGCGCAUCUUUAGCGUCCCACAGGAAUUUCAGAGUGGUCUCUAUAGUGGUUAAGGGGAGAAACAGCCCCUAUAGGGGUUUAGGGUCAGACCCCUCAUCUCCUAAAGCUUGAGUGGUCCCUAUAGGGGUCUUUCAAUUUUAUUCAAGGAAGAUUAUUUAUUUAGUUUGUCACGUAGAGUUCAUAAAAAUUGUCUCCUACAGGGACCUUUGAAAGCUUUAGUGGCCCCUAGAGGUGUUGGUAGAAUGAUCUCUAGAGGGACCCUCCAAGGGCUUCUAAGGUUGCCCCUAAAGAGACCACUCUGGAGUUGCUGAGCGAGUUAGCCGUGAAUUGGCUAUAAUCAAAACAUUUUCUGAAGCUUGAAGCUUUUAUUCAUAGCUCAUUCUCGGCUAACUUGGGACUCUCCACCAAGCAGUCAGUAUCUCCUUUUUUAUCGUGACAGGACGGAUUUUUGGAAAAAAAAGUUUUUUCUGGGGGUAAGGGAAACUUGUGAAAUGAGUAAUUUUGGGAGAAAAUUCGAAAAGAUAUUGUGAUCUUUUCGGCCCCGCAUCCUAGGAUAUGUUCUGUUGCAGUUGGCGUACCAACGAUUCCUGUCGCUGAACCCAGAACUCGCGACCAUUCUGAACUUGAUCGCAGCCAACGCCGGCGACAACGUGUGCAGCGACGUCACGGCGGCCAUCUACCGGCUCCACAAACAGAAAUCCGAAUGA